AUGUCCGGUAAGGGAUCACGUGGCAACAGCAAGGAACUGGACUCUGAUCCAGUUGAUUCAGUCAGAAAGGCAGCAGCGGCUAUUGAGGAGGCAGCAGAAUGGAACGCGAAAUGUCAAGGAACGAUCAAAGAGGGCAACAGAAUGCUGUCGGAAAUGCGAGCCACCAUGAACACUUCGCCUCGCGCCCCAGAUCCCGACGCCUUUGUCGAUUACGUUUCUGGGAUCCUUCGAACUGAGACAUUCGAUCCACUCGAAUGGAAGGAGGCUAUGACAAGUUUAGCUCGAGAUUAUUUCCAGGUGUUGUGCAACCAAUUACGUGACCCUGGUAGCAAGUACAACGCGGAUCCUGUUUGCGCAGCUACGCUCAAGGAGAUUGCCCGACUCACUCUGGGUCUUUUUUUCAGUAUCGAACCAAGCGAUACAGACGAUCUGAGGACAAUCCUUGAGCUGAACAUCCGCAAAUUCGACGCACAGCUGAUCGCCAUCAAUGAGAGCAGAGAGGAGCGCGUUCAGUUGGUGUCUGAUCUUGGAAUUCUUGCUCACGCUUUCUCUCCCGAAGAAGAGCUUGACACGAUCUUGAGGAAUGUGGCAGUUGCUCAGAAGGCUUAUGAGAUCGAAUACAAAAAGACUUGUGACAUUGAGUCCGAGACUUUCAAGGAGUGGCGCAAGAAUAUUCGCGAUAUUCUGGACAAGGCAAAGGGCGAAAAGCUCGAGGAUCAGAUCAAAAGUGGUCUUGGUGGCGGGGAAUAUCAAGGUUGUCUGCCCGAAGAAGGUGAGAAAGAAAAUUAG